AUGAGGAAUACUCCACGGACAAGGUCAGGGAAUAAGAGCUUAAGAGAGGAAUUCAACAAGUCUGUCGAGGGUCUAAUUACUCUUAUAGGGCAUGAAGAGCUCAAAGGAAAGUUGUUCACUACAAAGAUCAGCCUAGAAACACCAAUCGAGCCUCAAAGAGAAUCAAGCACGUCAAAGGCUCAAGAAUGGGAGAUUGCCCAAGACAUUAACUAUGCUGAGUUAGGAACACGUCAAGAAACCAAGAUUAUCAAAGGAAGUCAAGAGAACGCUUGCUUGCUGCUCAAGACUCAAUCAAUCUCUUUCUUGCCAGUUUUACAAGGAACUAAUGAGACAGCUUUGUUCAUCAUCUCAAACACAUUCAAGGGAGGGAUGGAGCUUGAAAACACGUAG